CUUGGGAUGACUUCUCCUCCUCUCCCCUCCUCCAGGUGGAUGAGCUGAAAAAGAAGCUGGCCCAGCAAGAGAAGGCCGGCCAGACCCACCAGCAGAAAGCAAAGAUGCGUGAGGAGGGGCUCCGUUCGGAGAUGAAGCAGCUGAAGGAGAAGACGGCGGAUCUCCAGGCUCAGCUGGUGCAGAAGGAACAGGCCGUCGAGCAUUACAAGGCUCAGAUGGAGAAGGCGAGGACGCACUACGACGCCAAGAAGCAGCAGAACCAGGAGCUGCUGCAGAAGCUGAAGGGCCUGGAGCACCUGGAGAAGGAGAACGCCGAGCUGAAGGCCGAGUCGGAGCGCCUGGCCAAGGAGCUGCAGCGCACGGCACUGCAGGCCGCCGAGUCGGAGCUCAGCCUGAAGAGCCUCACCAGCCAGGUCCGGGUCCUGCAGGCCCAG